CGCGGGGCUGGGCGGCGGGGGUGGGUUUUGGGGUGGUUGAGUACGCACCACGGCGCACUCAAAGGCCACGGCCAUGGUGAUUCGCUGUCGUGCGCCGCCUGGCGGGUCUACAAGCAACGCCCCCUCCUCCUCCUCGACGUCGUCGUCGCGUCGCCUCCGUACGUAGCCGUUCUCCCUCGUCGCGACCUCUCCGGAGCCACCGCCGCCGUCGUCUCGACCUCCUCCUCGCCGCCGUUAUCCGCUCUUCUCUCCCGCCUCGUUCUUCCGAGAUGGAUGCUGCAGCGACAGGGCCAUAUCCAUUACACCGUCGCAAGACACUCCACCUGGUUAGGCAUGCACAGGGAAUUCAUAAUGUGGCAAGAGAAAAGAACAACGACCCCCUUAAGUCAUAUGAUUUCUUUGAUGCUCAAGUCACCCCUCUCGGCUGGCAGCAGGUGAGUAACUUGCGCAGGCAUGUCCAAGCAUGUGGACUUUCCAAGAAGAUUGAUCUUGUAAUUACAUCCCCUCUGUUGAGAGCUAUGCAAACAGCUGUUGGAGUUUUCAGUGGGGAAGGCUGUACAGAUGGAAUAGGUGCACCUCCUUUGAUGGUUGAUAAUGCAGGGAAUAGCGAUCAUCCUGCUAUUCCAAGUCUGAAUUGCCCACCAUUUAUUGCCAUAGAACUUUGUCGAGAACGUUUGGGAGUUAAUCCUUGUGACAAAAGACAAAGCAUUAGCGAGUAUCGGCCGCUCUUUCCUGCAAUUGAUUUUUCAUUGAUUGAGAAUGAAGAUGACGUCUUGUGGAUGCCUGAUGUUAGAGAAAAGGAUGAGGAAAUUGCUGAUCGAGGAAUGAAGUUCUUGAGUUGGUUGUGGACACGAGAAGAGAAGGAGAUUGCAAUUGUUACCCACAGUGCAUUCUUGUUGCAUACCCUCGAGGCCUUUGGAAAUGAUUGUCAUUUAUUGAUCACAAACGAACCAUGCAAGCAGUUUGCAAACUGUGAACUCCGUUCAGUUGUCAUCGUGGAUAAAGGAUGCCUCAAAGACCCAACUAUCCAGGGAAAAUUCCUAAUGGACUUGAUCUUCCAAGUGAUGUUGCCUAGGACAAGCACUAAGGAAGGUCUGUGGAGGACGCUUACCAUUCAAUGCACCGAAUGGUCUAAUUAGUCUCCCAUACUCUUGAUUCAAUUAAUGAUUGAGGUGUGUGCAGCUUGACACAUACUAUGUUUGGUGGGGAAGCAGUUGCAGCACCACGCCAUUGACUCUGAACUCGUAAAUUCUGCUAGGUAGCUUCAAACUCCAUCCUUUUGAAAAUCAGGGAAUAUGAAGCCAGUGAAAUUAGGUGCCAGUUCAUUAUAACUAUAAAAGGACGCUGUAUCAUUUAUCUUAGCGCAACUGAAGUUGAACUUCGCUUCAUCUGGUUCUUUUCCUUGCACAUGUUUAUACCUGCUUUUAGCUUUAGUGUGUACUAUUGCGGUACAUGCAACAUAGUAAUUGACCAAGAAAUAUCUUUGCCAUA